GCUAGGAGCUAAGUUUUCUCAAGAAUUCUUCCUUACUUAGGAUAGUUUCUUCAGGAGCGGCUGUGUCUGUGAUCAAGCAUGGCGCCGACCACGUCGUUCCUAGCAACUGUGGGGCUUAUGGCAGUUACCUACGUGUCCAUGUGUGAGGCCCAGGCGACGCAAUCUUUUAUGGUGUAUCCGACAGCGUGCGUGUAUGGAAGUGGAGAGUCAUAUAGGGGAACACAGAGCACCACAGAGCCCGGUUUGACCUGCCAAGCAUGGGACAGCCAAACCCCUCACGAGCACAGCCGCAACUCCACGAAUUAUCCCAACGCUGGUCUUGAGGGGAACUACUGUCGGAACCCGGAUGGAGAACCUAGGACCUGGUGCUACACCACGGACCCUGGCGUCCGCUGGCAGUACUGCAGCAUUCCGUCCUGUUAUGGCCAAGAUAACUGCUACACCGGAAACGGACAGGACUACCGCGGCAAUGCAAUGGUGACGGCUUCCGGUCGGAGGUGUCAGCGCUGGGACAGUCAGGCGCCCCACCCACACGGCAACACGCCCGCCAGCAAGCCUGACGCCGGCCUGCAGAACGACUACUGUAGGAACCCGGAUGGGGAAGGGCAGCCAUGGUGCUACACUAUGGACCCUGGACAGAGAUGGGAGUACUGCGGUCUGCCUGUUUGUGAAUCCGGACCGACCCAAGCUCCGACCGCCCCACCGGACGCAUAUUUCUCCUACACCAGCGACUGUUACUUCGGCAGUGGUCUGACUUACCGCGGGACUGUUAGUACCACACAAGGCGGGAUCACGUGUCAGCGGUGGGACAGUAGGACUCCACAUGACCAGGACUACCCAAACAGGUUUCCCCUUGGAGAUCUUCGCGAAAACUACUGCAGAAACCCGGACGGACCGCCCUACACACCGUGGUGCUACACGACAGAUCCGAAUGUUCUUUGGGAUUUCUGUCAGGUUCCCAAAUGUUAUGCAAAUGAGUGUUACGUACCAGACGGGGCCGACUACAGAGGCACAGUGGCGGUGACGUCAUCGGGAAGACAGUGUCAGCCAUGGAACAGUCAGAGUCCUCAUCAACACGACAGGACACCGCAGAACUAUCCUCAGGCUGGACUUACUGACAACUACUGUAGGAACCCGGAUGACGACACCAGUCCAUGGUGCUACACCAUAGAUCCAAACGUCCGAGUGGAGUACUGCCCCAUUGAUCUCUGCACUGGUUGGACUGGAGACUACAUAUUGAGUGGCGACUUUACAGUACAAACCACGCACUGUGCCAUCGGUGCCGGCGCGUCGUACCGCGGCACGCUGAGUCGGACCGAGAGCGGCCUGACCUGUCAGCGGUGGGACAGUCAGACACCGCAGCAACACAACUAUCAGCCGAGCAGGUACCCUGACGCAGGAUUGGACGAGAACUACUGUAGGAACCCGGAUGGAGAACCACGAACGUGGUGUUUCACCACGGACCCUAACGUUUACUGGGAGUACUGCAACAUACCGUCGUGCUUCGAUGAAUCGGAGUGCUACAACGGGAACGGCGAGUCCUACCGGGGAUCUCGGAACGUGACGUCAUCGGGCCGGGCCUGUCAGCGCUGGGACAGUCAGACGCCUCACCCUCACAGCCGCACUCCGGACAACUUCCCGUCAGCCGGUCUGGACGAGAACUUCUGUAGGAACCCUGACGGGGAGGCGGAACCUUGGUGCUAUACCCAGGACCCCAACACCAGAUGGGAGAGAUGUGCACUCAACCCUUGUGUCGCGCCGUCGCCAACCACAACCAUGCCAGACUACAUCGAAAAGCCGACGAGUUGUUACUUCGGUGACGGCGCCACCUACCGAGGCCAGGUCAGUACUACAGAGACUGGGAUCACGUGUCAGCGGUGGGACAGUCAGAAUCCGCAUCAACAAAGCAUGGUCGACAGAUAUCCCAAUUCCGGACUAGAGGAAAACUACUGUAGGAACCCGGACAGUGCGGAACGCCCAUGGUGCUACACAACGGACCCUAGCAACAGAUGGCAGUACUGCAGCAUCCCGGCUUGUUACCCCGGAGACUGUUACACCGGAGAUGGUGCGAGUUAUCGCGGGACAAUGUCGGUGACGUCCUCGGGCCGGCGGUGUCAGCCAUGGGCCAGUCAGACACCACACGCUCACGACAGGACACCGCAGAACUAUCCUCAGGCUGGACUAGUACAGAACUACUGCAGGUAUGAACUGUAG